UGUGUUUUUCUUCUUACACUCACACUUCACCUCUUCUUCUUCUUCCCUACACUUUCUUGAAAUAUUCUUUUACCAUGGAAAUCUCUCCCUUUCGUGUCAUUUUCUUACUUGUUCUAACAUUUGCCAACUUUAAGGUGCGCGUACAGGCGAGGGCCUUCUUCGUUUUUGGCGACUCCCUUGUCGACAACGGAAAUAACAAUUAUCUAGCCACCACGGCUCGGGCAGAUUCACCACCCUACGGCAUCGACUAUCCUAAUGGUCGCCCCACCGGCCGCUUCUCCAACGGCCUUAACAUCGCCGAUAUUAUUAGUGAAAAUAUGGGUUGGGAAUUUACAUUGCCAUACCUAAGUCCAGAUUUAAGAGGGCAGAAACUACUGGUUGGGGCCAACUUUGCUUCUGCUGGAGUUGGAGUUUUGAAUGAUACUGGGGUCCAAUUUGUGAACAUAAUAAGAAUCCACGAGCAGCUGAACUACUUCGCGCAGUACAAGGAGAGGCUGUCUGAGCAGAUCGGAAAGGGAAACGCAGACAGAGUUGUGGCAGAGUCAUUAGUUCUCAUCACUUUGGGAGGAAAUGACUUCGUCAACAAUUACUAUUUGGUCCCAUUCUCUCUCAGAUCUCAGCAGUUCUCUAUCCAAGACUAUGUCCCCUUUGUCGUCUCUCACUACAAGACCAUCCUCCAGAAAUUAUACAAUUUUGGACUUCGCCGGAUUCUGGUGACCGGAACCGGUCCUUUAGGAUGUGUGCCGGCGGAGUUGGCGUUGCACAGCACAAACGGCGAGUGCGCUGAUAUAAUUCAAAAUGCCGCAACACUAUUCAACCCACAGCUACUUAGUCUAAUCGAAGAACUCAACAAAGAAGUUGGUUCUAAUGUCUUUACUGGCGCUAACACCAACAAUAUAAAUUUCGAUUUUGUGGACAAUCCUCAAAAAUAUGGAUUCAAAAACUCGAAAGAUGCAUGUUGCGGACAAGGACCGUACAACGGCUUAGGCCUUUGCACUCCAUUCUCGAAUGUGUGCGACAAUAGGGAAGACUAUGUGUUUUGGGAUGCAUUCCAUCCGACCGAAAAGGCGAACCGUCUCAUUGUUCAAGGUUUCUUUAAUGGCUCCGGUGUUCAUAUGCAUCCGGUGAAUCUUAAUACUAUGCUGGCUUUGGAUUCGAGGGCUUGAACAGGGCAGGACGAUCGAGUUUCCGCUAUUUUUAGCUAGGGGCAUGAAAUGAAAUCUUGAUGAAUAAACAUUGGAAAAUCUCUUUACUUCAUGUUCAUGUUCAUGGCUCUAAAAAAAUAGAAUUAUAUCGAUCCGCUUUUGAAUUUUAAA